UUAUAUUUUUAUAUUGUUUAUAAGAUCUGAAAUGGUAUCAAAUAGUGAUCGACAAUUGUGUGUUGCUUUCGAUGAGAGUCCACCAUCAAUGGUACGCAAUGUUUGUAUUAUAGCUCAUGUUGAUCAUGGUAAAACUACACUUGCUGACUAUUUAGUUUCUGCUAAUGGAAUUAUUUCUGCUAGGCUAGCCGGCAAACUCCGUUAUAUGGAUAGCCGGGAGGAUGAACAAAUACGAGGGAUUACUAUGAAAUCAAGUGCUAUUACUCUUUAUUAUGAACCUUUAUUAAUAAAUUUGAUUGACAGCCCUGGUCACGUUGAUUUUUGUAAUGAAGUUAGUUCUGCUGUGAAUUUAGCUGAUGUUGGCAUUCUUCUUGUUGACGUGGUUGAAGGUGUUUGUGCUCAAACUGAAUCACUUAUACGUUUGGCAUUAAUCAAAAAAUUAGACAUAAUUCUUGUGCUUAAUAAAAUUGAUAGGUUAAUUGUUGAACUAAAAAUGUCUGAAACAGAAGCACAUAAACAUUUACAGCAACUUAUUGAAUUUAUGAAUGCCUGUCUUUCAAAAGCUAUUCAAGGUCAAUUAUUUGAAGAAGAUUGGAAAAUUUUUGAUCAGGUAGAGGCCAAAAUGCAUUUUGAUCCGUCUAAAGGAAAUGUUUUAUUCGCUUCAGCACUUUAUGGCUAUGCAUUUGCAAUCGAAGAUUUUGCCGAAUUAUGGGCUAAACGUUUAAUUGCUAGACAAACAUGGCAAUCAGAAGAAACAAAUAAAAAUAGGAGAACAGACGUUAAGACCGAAAUAUCUGAAUUAAGAACUCAAUUAGCUCAACAUCUCUUUUCCAGAGACCAUUAUUUUUCAACUAAAACAAACAAAAUUUGUUCUGGCGCUGAACAGAAGGAUAAGAAAACUAUGUUUGUUUGUCCUUGAACCUCUUUGGGAAGUUCAUAAAUGCGCACUUUUGGACAAAACAGUGGAUAAGUUGAGUCAAAUUGCUUCCAAGUUGUCUUUGCCAAGUUUAAAAAGUCGAAGAGGAGAUGAGGC